UGUAUACUUACUACAUGUACGUUACAGUGUGUGAAGGGGCACAACGUAAAAAAGCGAAAUAAGGAGGGUUAUUAUGUAGAAAAGUCCUUUUUUAUUUUUUUAUUUGCAUAAUUACAUUAAAUGAGUAAGACUCAACAAAACGGAGGUGGUACUCCAUAACUGUUACGGAGUACCUUUUAAACGGUAAAAACUUGUUAGGCUUACUUUGGUUGGCGCCAAAAAAAUAACUUCCAAAUUAUUUCUCAUCUAAACUCUGACAGUCAUUUCAUCAAACACGUCGUGAGCAGCUGAGCACUACAGCAAACACACAAAAAUGAGCAGAGAAGUGGAGCGCCGGAUCCUCAGUCUUCUCCAUGACCGCAGAACCCGAACCCGCCUUCUCGAAAUCCACGCCCAUUUCCUCCGCCACCAGCUCCACCAAUCAAAUCAAGUUCUCUCUCAUUUCGUUGCCGUUUGUCGGGCCAAUGGCAAAAUGCGGUACGCUGAGCUUGUAUUUCAGCAAACCCAGUUCCCUGGUCUUCUCCUUUUUAAUUCUAUGAUCAAGGGUUACUCUGUUUCUGGGCCAUUUGAGAAGUCUUUAUCUCUUUUUUCUCUUAUGAAAAAUGAUGGGGUUUUGCCCAAUGAAUUUACAUUUGCGCCUUUGAUUAAGUCUUGUUGUAAUAUCCGUGAUUCAAAGGUUGGGAAAUUUGUUCAUGGUGAGAUUAUGAAACUUGGGUUUGAGCGGCGUAAUGCUGUGAGGAUUGGGAUUGUUGAGUUUUAUGCGAAUUGUGAGAAGAUGGAGGAUGCAAAGAAGGUGUUCGAUGAAAUGCCGCAUAGGGAUGUGAUCAUUUGGAAUUUGAUGAUUCGUGGGUUCUGUAAGAUGGGGGAUAUUGAUAUGGGGUUGUUGUUGUUUAGGCAGAUGAGGGAACGGAGCAUUGUGUCGUGGAAUUCGAUGAUAUCUUCGUUGGCGAAGAGUGGGAGGGAUAGGGAGGCCUUGGGGGUGUUCAGGGAUAUGGAAAUUGAUGGUUGUUUUGAGCCAGAUGAGGCUACUGUGGUUUCUGUUCUACCUGUAUGUGGUCGUUUGGGUGCUUUUGAUGUUGGGAAUAGGUUGCACUCAUAUGCUAAAUCAAGUGGACUCUUUCGAGAUUUCAUCACAGUGGGUAACUCGAUAGUGAGUUUCUAUUGCAAAUGUGGAGACUUGGAAACAGCUCAUCAGGUCUUCUGUGAAAUGCCUCGGAAAAAUGUGAUAUCCUGGAACACCCUAAUCUCAGGUCUUGCUUUUAAUGGGAAAGGCGAGCUUGGUGCUGAUUUGUUUGAAGAAAUGCUCAGUAAAGGUAUUAAGCCUAAUGAUUCUAGUUAUGUAGGGGCUUUAACCUGUUGUGUCCAUGCAGGACUGUUACAGAAAGGCCGGCAGUUGUUCUCGUUGAUGACGGUCAAGCACAAAAUUCUGCCAAAGCUUGAGCAUUAUGGAUGUAUGGUAGACCUACUUGGGCGAAGUGGAUGUUUGACUGAGGCAUAUGACUUGGUAAAAAACAUGCCAAUGAGGCCAAAUGCUGUGUUGUGGGGUGCCCUGCUCAGUGCUUCACGAAAUCGUGGUGAUGUUCAACUUGCAGAACAUGCUCUUAAAGAGCUUAUCAUUCUUGAGCCAUGGAAUUCUGGUAAUUAUGUAUUGUUAUCAAAUAUCUACGCAGAAGAAGGGAAAUGGGAUGAAGUUGAUAAAUUAAGAGUAUUAAUGAAGGAUAAUAGUGUCAGAAAGUCCAUUGGGCUCAGCUUGGUUGGAUAGUGAAUAAAACUUAAUAGCUCCUUUAGUUGUGCAGCCUCAGCAGCAGCAAGCAUGUAAGGGACUAUUUUGACUAGAGCCUGAGAAAUGUCCUGGAGAGAACAUGUCGUAAAGAUAUUUAUUAUGUUGGACCGGUUUGAUUGAUUAAAUUUGUGCGGCUAUUAGGCUUAUCACCUUAGGGGACAGAAGACCAAUUAUUGAUUGAGGAUCUUGUACUGUUUUCUGUGACUUCUGCUGUUUAACUUCCAGGAGAGAAUUGUAAGCUUUAAUGUUAGGGACACUUCUACUGGGUAUGGACACUUUGACUCUUCAAUUUGGAGAAUGUGACAAAGGAAGUUUCCUUAUCCCCUUGUUCAUAUUUUAGCUUUGGACACUCAUAACUACAUCCUAUAUAUUCAAGUUGAGAAAUUUUCAGAUCAUACUCUUGGAUGCACGCUUGAGUCUUGACACUCGUAUCCUAUUCCAAGCAUCAUAGGUUAUAAGUAAAUGAAGACCAUUUUUGCCUUGGAGAGGCUGGAGAGCUGGGGGGGGGGGGGAAGAUAGAGAACUGAUGGCAUCUCAUGAUGUCCAAUAUGAUACAUAACAAAGGCUUUAUGGGAAAACUCACAUUUGUGACAAGUAAGAUGAGUUUAUAAAAUAUGAUUUCAUAAUAGAAUCAUCUGCGCAUAGGAAGUCAUGGCUUUGCCCUUUCAAUCUUCUGGAGUUUCUGCAAACAUGUUUUGUGGGGUUUGAAGCGACCAUGGAGCAGAGUUGCUGCAUAGUACCCUUUUUUUGGUGAUUCUAUUGUGUAUUCAUUAAAAAGGAAUUACACCUUCUAGGAGCCACAUUAUCAUGUGAUCUGAUUUUGAUGAGAGUGACCUGCUUUUACUGCUUUUAUCAGAGAGCUAGGGCAUCUACUGCUUUUAGGUGCUUUAUUAGUGUUGAGAUUUGGGAGAGGUUCAAAGUUCUUUUGUAUGGGAUUAACUUGGUAAAUAUUUAUCAUGAAUCAUAUUGAUUAUUGCUCAGCCACAUGUUUUUGAUUAUUUUACAAGCCUUUGGGGGGUAAUAAGUCUAUUUACAGAUGUAUACAGAUCUCUUUGUAGUGUUAUAACGAGUACAUUAUAAGCUGGACAUAUGCAGUGU